AUGGGAUGUCUAUUUUCAUUUUUCUUUCGUCCUACGGCUAGUGCCGACAUAGUUGAAACACCACGUCAAGUGUUCUCAUGGGAAAAAGAAGAUCGACAAGCAAUAAGAAAAGAAGAUUUUAUUCUUGAUAAACUUAAAAAUGAAAUAAUUUAUCGAUUAUCAGGUUCUAUUAAUGGACAACAAUUUAUAGUACAAAAUUGUGACAAUUGUACCGUUUAUGUAUUUGAUCAUACAGGUCAAAUACAAAUUGAUGAUUGUACUAAUUGUCGAAUAUUAAUUGGACCUGUUCAUGGAAGUGUUUUUAUUCGAGAUUCAACAAAUUGUAUAUUAGCAACAGUGUGUCAACAAUUUCGUACACGAGAUUGUCGUGAUUUAUAUGUUUAUUUAUCAUGUACUAGUCAACCAAUAAUUGAGUCAUCACAUAAUAUUAAAUUUGGAUGUUUAACAUUAAAUUAUGAUAAAUUAGCUGAGCAAUAUAAAUUGGCUGAUAUUAAUCCAUGGAAUAAUACUUGGGGUAAUAUUCAUGAUUUUACAACAAUUCCUGGUGGAAAUAAUUAUUCAUUACUUGAUCAAAAUGAAAAUUUAUUUAAACAUUUACCAAUACCAAUAGAUCCAUCAUGUAGUCAUAUGAAUAUAAAUGAUAAUAUGGAAACAAGUGUAACACCUUUUACUUAUGGAGAAUUAUAUCGUCAUCGAAACGAAGAACGUUGUUUAGUAGUAUUUUUUCAAAAUUCAAAUGCUGAUUCUUGUGCUCGAGAAUUAAUUUUAAUGGCAAAACAAUCAGAAAUUGUACUUGUUCAAACAAAAUAUUUUUUAAUCAAUGAAAUGAGUGCUUCACGAUUAUUUUCAGGAAAUACAACAUAUAAUUCUUUAGUUACAAAAGGUCCUGUUAUAGGUCUUGAAUUUGCUGGUACAAAUUGUAUACAAAUAUGUCAACAAUUACUUAAUAAUUUAAUAAAAUUAAAAUAUCAAAAUUUAUCUCAUUUUAUUAGUCAAUCAGCAACAGAUGCUAAUGAACAACUUCAGAAAUUUUACAAUUUUGCAAACAAUGAAAGAAUGACCGCAACAGGUGUAAGUUCGAUUGAUAAAAAUGCCUCACCUGGCGAUCAACAACGUUUAAAUGAAGGUAAUGGUAAUGAUUAUGAAGAUAAAAUUGUUCAAGAAUUUAGUCAUCUUUUGGAAAAAUCAAAACAAUUAUUUAAUGGAUUAAGAGAUCUUCCACAAUAUGGUCAUAAACAAUGGCAACCAUAUUUUGGACGAACAUUUGAUGUAUAUACUAAAUUAUGGAAAUUUCAACAACAACAUCGAGUUCUUCUCGAUAAAAAAUAUAAUCUUAAACGUUGGCAAAUAGGUGAAAUAGCAUCAAAAAUUGGUCAACUUUAUUAUCAUUUUUAUAUUCGUACAUCGGAAACAAAUUAUUUAAAUGAAGCUUUUGCAUUUUAUUCUGCUAUACGUACACGUGCAUAUUAUUCAAAAGUAAAUCGUGAAGAAAAACCUGAUUUAAUGGUUAAAAAAUUACGUUAUUAUGCACGUUUUAUUGUUGUUUGUCUUUUAUUAAAAAAAACAAAAAUAAUGCGUGAAUUAGUAUGUGAAUUAAAUCGACAAAUAGAUGAAUAUGUUAAAGCAUAUGAUCCAGAUGAUAGUCUUGAAUGGCAACUUGUAUUAAAUGAAAUAUCAACAUUUAUUGAUGUUGAUAAUCAAUUAAAUAUUGAUCAUAUACCAAUAACAUUAUCAUAUCGUUUAAAUAAUUCAUUAGUACCACCAUUACCAAUAGGUUCAGAAAAAAUUUUAUCUAAUAUACAAUUAUAUACAGUUGAAGAAAUUCUGAUUAUUGGAAAUUAUCAAGAUCAAAUUAAAUUUAGUGAACUUACAAUUGAUAUGUAUCGAAUGUUACAAGCUGUUGAAAAACAAUCAAUUGAAUCAACAUUAUCUUAUGAUGAAAAAACAACUGUUCAAUCUCCAACAUCAAUAAAUCAUCAACAACGUGACAUUUAUAAUUUUCACGAUGGUGAUUUUCAACAUCGACCAAAUCCUCAUAAAUAUCUUUUAUAUAAACCAAAUUUUAGUCAAAUCUAUGCUUUUACUGCUUCUGCAUUUAAAGAAUUACCAAAUCAUGGUAUUCUUCUUCUUUAUAUAUCAGCUGAUGGUUAUGAUACACAUUUAAAAAGUAAAAUAGAACAAUCAUAUGAUUUUGGUGGUGUUAAAACAAAUAAUCGUCGUGAUGAUACAAUUGAAAAUUCUAAUUCACCACCAACAUCAACAACAAAUACAUUAGGAAAAAAAUCUCCACCAUCAUCAUCAACAAUAACAACAACAACAACAACAACAAUAGGAUCAAUUAAAGAUAUUCAUAAUAUAUUUCCAGGAGAUCUUUAUCCAUUUUUACGUAAACCAUUAUUUUUAAUAAUUGAUAGUAAUAAUAGUAUUGCUUUUCAAAAUAUGCCAAAUUUAUUUGGUCAACCAUUUGUAUCAUUACUUUCGCCUAUUAAAUUACCUACAGUAUUUCAUGAUUAUCAAAAUAAAGGAAGUUUAUUUACAUUAUUUUUAACAUCACCUAUAUAUGCAUUUUGUUUUGUAUGUCAUUUAAAUGAUUUAACAAAUGAACAAUGGAAUUUAUGUCAAGAACAUAUUAAUAAAAUUAUAUUUGAAAUAACAAAAUUAUUUUUAAAAUCAAAACUUGUUGAUAGUACAAUUUAUCAUUUUUUUGCGGAUGAAUUUUUACGUUUAUUUCUUUCACGUUUUGUUUUUUGCUAUGCUGUACUUCGUUUACAUCGAGCAUUUAAAGGAUCUGGUUUUUAUCCAUCAUCUCAACCACAAUUAUCUAAUGAUCUUCUUGAAAAUGUUCAAAUACAUAAAAUGAUUCUUGAAUUAUCAGCUGUAUUAAAUGUUCGUCAAUUAUUUCUCGAAGGACCAUUGACAACUACUGAUUUAAUAUCAUCAAAUCAAUAA